AUGGCGAAUUUCCAGGGGUCAAUUUAUUCGCCUGUGUCAAGAAUUCAUUCGCUAGUGUCAAGAAUUUAUUUGCUCGGCGCCCUGAGCGUGGCCGGACUCAUCACCAACACCAUCAACAUCAUCGUCUUCAUCCGCCUGGGUCUACACGACGCCGUCAACGUCAGCCUACUCGGGCUAGCCGUGAGCGACAUCUUCUCGAUGAUAUUUCUUCUCCUAGAGAGCGCCUGUUUCAACCCCAUGUUCCAGAACAUUGGCCUGCCCUUCGCGCUGAUGGAGGUACAGUUCAUCGUGGGCGGGUGGCCGCACAUCUGCUUCACCCGCGUGGUCAGCUGGGUCACGGCCUUCAUCACGUUCGAGCGCUGCCUGUGCAUCGCGCUCACGCUCAAGGUUAAGACAAUCAUCACCGCCACCCGGGCGAAAAUCGCCGUCGUCGUGAUAUUUCUCGUCGUGGCCGGCUCGGCCGCGCCGGAGUUCUACGUCAACCAGUUCGUGUGGAAGUUCUACCCGGGAAAGAACACGAGCCUCAUCGGGUUAAAGUUCAUCGAACAUCGAGAACGGUUCGAGAACGUGACCUUCGUCUUAAACAACGUCCUGAUGCAGUUCGUUGCUUUCAUCGCUGUCAUCAUCUGUACCAUCAUCCUCGUCGUGAAACUCAACGAGAAAACAAAAUGGCGGAGCACCACUGCCAGGGGAGACAACACGGAGACAAUUUCUUCCAAGGAUCGAAAAGUCGUGAAGAUGAUAAGCUUUAUUUCCAGUCUUUUCAUCAUCAGUUACCUCCCCUCGAGUGUUCUAUUUGUAGCCAUGGCGGUGCGCAGGGAUUUCCACCCUUCCGGUUACUUUAACAUGUUCCACGUGACGUGGUCCUUCGCCUUCGUCCUGGAGGGCGUUAACUCCACCAUCACGCUCUUCGUCUACAUCAACAUGAGCUCUAAGUUUAACCGGAUGUUUUACCGGACAUUUUUAGGUAGGGAUGUCGACAAGAAGGCUAAACAUAUUCAGUCGGACAAAUAG